AUGGCCAAUAAUGAAAAUGAUAAUGAUGCACCACAAGUUUAUCUCUUAGGUAAAACUUACUUGGCUAACAAUCAAGGACAAUUUUAUAUUCGAAAUGAUCCUAUUGUUCAUAUGGCUGCUGGUGAUCGACAUACAAUUAUUGUUACUGGAAGUGGUCGUGCAUUUGCUUUUGGUGAUAAUGGUUCAGGUCAAUUGGGUCUUGGUCAUACAAAUAAUGUUGAAAAAGUUUCAUGUAUUAAAAGUUUAAAAUUCGGAGACACAGGUGAAAAAGUUAUAUUAGCUGCAUGUGGUCGUGAAUCAUCAUUAGUUGCUACAAAUCAUGGUGCACUCUAUGGAUUUGGUUCAAAUAAUCGUUCACAGUUAGGAAUUCAAUCAUCUGAUUCAAAUACAAUUUAUCGUGAACCUGUUAAAAUUGAAUAUUUUAAAGGAAAAAUUGUUUGGAAACAAAUAGCUAUGGGUGCCGAACAUUCAUGUGCAUUAAAUGAUGAAGGUAUGGUAUAUGUUUGGGGUUCAAAUGACGAUGGUCAAUGUGCACAACCACGUAAAACUGAUGUAGUUCAAAUGCCAAGAGAACUUCGAGUAGAAUAUGAAAUUAAUGCUAUAUCAUGUGGAUAUUAUCAUACAGCAUUAGUUAGUACAAAUGGUCGUUUAUUAUUAUUUGGAAAUAAUGAUGAUAGACAAUUGGGACGUUCAAUGUCUGAUAAAUUUUCAGGCCCAAUUGAAGUUUCAAUACCAAAUAAAGUUAAAGCUGUUGCUUGUGGAAAUCAACAUACUGUUGUAUUAACUGAAAAUGGAGAAGUAUAUACAUGUGGACUUGGUGAUCGUGGUCAACUUGGUCUUGGUCCUAGAGUUCUUUCAGCAGACACCUUUGAAAAUGUUCAAGGUUUAUCAAAACGUCUUACAACUAUUGCUGCUGGUGAAGGUCAUACAGUUGUUCUUACUGUUCGUGGUGAUAUGUAUGUAUUUGGUGAUGGUAAACAUGGAAAAUUAGGUUCACAAAUUCAUUCGAAUGAAUUUGAACCAUGUUUAGUUGAUAAAUUUAAAACAUAUAAUGUUUUAAAAGUUGUUUGUGGUGGUUGUCAAACAAUAAUUCUUGCUCAAAAGAAAACUAGUGAACGAAAACAAUCAUCGGGAAGUGAAGGAGAUAUUGGAAAUACAACACUUUCAAUAACUCAACGUCCAAAAAGUCAAGCACGAAAUACACGUAUUAAAACAAUAGCUGGUCGUUCACAUACAGUUGGUGAUUCAACUGAUACAACUCUUCAUCAUGUUAGACCACUUGGAGCAGCAAAUCAUUUACGUGUUGAAUCUGAUGAUGAUAAAUCUGAUAAAGAAUUAUCUGCAUCAUUAAAAAGUGCUACAUUUAAUCAAACACAUACAAUAACAAAUGGAAAAUUUCUUCCAACACAAAGUCCAUCAUUAAAUCGUACUAGUUUUCGUUCAAAUGAUAGCGAUUUAAAACCAUUAAAAACAGGUGCUUUAGAUCAUACAGUUCGUCUUAGUAAAGAUUUAGAUGAUUCAAUAAAAACAAAUAAUCGUUUUUCAUCAAGUGAUAAAUCACCUAUACGUAAUACACGAUUUGAUCGUACAAGUCCACAACCUGUAAAAAAAAAACAAGAUUCAGAUGAAGAUAAAUCAUCAUCUGAUGAACCAAAAAAACCAUUUACUAAAAAACCUGAACGAUUAUCUCCACCAAUACGAAAUGAUCGAAAAACUUCUCCGAUAGCACGACGUCGAGAUGAUAGUGAAAGUGAUGAUAAUAAAUUUAAACGUCCAUCUCCUAUUAAAACACCUAUUAGUGAAACAUUAAAUCGAAAACCUCGUUCACGUCAUCGAUCAGAUGAAGAGGAAGAAGAAGAGGAAGAAGAAAAAGAAGAAGAAGAUGAAGACGAAGACGAAGAAGAUAAGAAUAGACCAUCUAAUCGUCGAAAUAAACAACAACCACCACCAACCGUUGCACGCCGAAGUUCAUUACCACCUCAAACACGUUCAGGAGUACCGACUUCAUCAACACGUGAUGGAAAUCAAACAAUUGGUGCAAGACCAGUUGAUGGUGUUCGAGGUAGUUUUCGUUCACAAGCAACGAAAACACUUGCUAAACCAAAUACAACAACUACAAAUACUGAUACGACAAAAAAAGAAACACCACCUGCUCAACAACCAGGUUUUUUUGCACGAAUUUUUGGUUCAAAAUCAACGCCAACAUCAUCUCCACCAGCAUCACAACCGGCAAAAACACCAGCAGUAGUUACCAAUUCAAGAACAUGUUCAAUUAUACCAAAUACAUUUCGAUGGAUAAAUGAACCUAAUCGGUUAACACAUGUAUCCAAUAAUAUAUCAAAUGAUGACACGCGUCUUGAAUCAUCAUCGUCAUCAUCACGAGUAGUAAAUGCUGAAAAAUUUCGUGUACAAUUGAAUGUAGCCGGAUUCAAUCCAGAAACAAUCAAAACCAAAGUUGAAGAUCGGAAAGUUAUUAUCGAAGCUAAACAAGAAGAUCAUCAGCCCGAUAGUGAUUAUAACAUUCGAAAAAUACGAAAAACAUGUGAAUUACCUGAACAUGCUGAUUCAAAUCAUCUGACUUCAUAUGUAACUCCAAAUCAUAUGCUUGUCAUAGAAGUACCUAUUCGAAAUCCAGAAAUAGAACAUCGUCUUGUUCAAACUAAAAAGAAAAAUCAAAAUUUGACACAAUUCGGUCAAUAUCGUGAUCCAUUAUUUGAUUACGUUGGUUUUUUGGAGGGUUCUAAUUUUCAACCACGUAUUAUUGAUAAAGGAAAUAAUCAAAAACAACUUGAAUUGUCAAUUGAAAUGAAACAUCAUCGACCACAAGAAAUUAAAGUAUCAGUUAAAAAUAAUGAAUUGAUUGUUCAAGGUGAACAUCAUCAUAAAGAUAAGAAUCGUUCUUCUUUAAAUCAACAAUGUUACCACCUGGAACACAAAUUGAUCAGUUACAAUCAUAUUUAA